CUAUCUGAACCUCUGAUCAACGGCCAGGCCUUCAGCGAUGUGACCUUCAGCGUGGAGGGCCGCCUGGUCCACGCCCACCGCUGCAUCCUAGCUGCUCGGAGCCUCUUCUUCAGGAAAUUUUUCUGCGGACCCGACUCACCGAUGGGUAUGGACUCGACUGGGUCUAGGAUGCCCGGUUCGGCAUCAUCGCCAAGGGGCUCGAACCCUGUGGUGAUACCGGUGAAUUCAGUGGGGUACGAGGUGUUCCUGCUGAUGCUCCAGUUCUUGUACAGUGGGCAGGUCUCGAUUGUGCCCAGAAGCACGAGCCCAGGCCCAAUUGCGGGGAGAGGGGUUGCUGGCACACGCAUUGCACCUCCGCCGUUGAUCUCGCCCUUGAAACCCUCGCCGCCGCUAGAUCCUUCGGCGUCGAACAGCUGGCCUUGCUCGCUCAGGCAUCAAGUAGUGGCACUUCCUGUUGCUUCCUUUAACUGGGAUUUCUCUUUUCAGCCUUCCUCCGUUCUAACUGCCGUUUCGAUUAAACACUUGGUAAACGUGGUAGAGAAGGCUUCAAUUGAGGACGUGAUGAAAGUAUUGAUGGCCUCAAAAAAGCAAGACAUGCACCAGCUCUGGACCACUUGUUCCCACUUGGUAGCCAAGUCCGGCCUCCCACCGGAAAUUCUAGCCAAACACCUCCCGAUUGAGGUGGUCGCCAAAAUCGAAGAGCUUCGCCUCAAAUCCUCCCUCCCCCGCCGCACUCUCCUCCCCCACCACCACCACUCCGUUACCGCUGAGCUUGAAGACCAUAAAAUCCGGCGGAUGCGGCGGGCACUCGAGUCGUCUGACGUGGAGCUUGUCAAGCUCAUGGUCAUGGGCGAAGGUCUUAACCUCGACGAAGCACUUGCCUUACACUAUGCUGUUCAAAAUUGUAGCCGGGAGGUGGUGAAGGCGUUGCUGGAGCUAGGCGCUGCCGACGUGAAUUAUCCGGCGGGCCCCGCCGGGAAGACGCCGCUCCACAUUGCCGCGGAGAUGGUGUCGCCGGACAUGGUGGCCGUGCUUCUGGACCACCACGCCGACCCCAACGUUAGGACGAUCGAUGGCGUGACUCCUUUGGACGUGCUUCGAACCCUGACGUCAGAUUUUCUCUUCAAGGGAGCGGUGCCGGGGCUUGCCCACAUCGAGCCCAACAAGUUAAGGCUGUGUUUGGAGCUGGUUCAGUCCGCCGCUCUGGGGCAUCAAGUGAGCACCAUAUGCAACAUAGUGAGGAAGGGGAUGGGGUUUUGCCCGUGGGAUAAGACAAAGUCAAGGAGAAUCCAAGCUUUUGCAACGGAUGAAGAAGAGGACGCCCAGAUUAAUUGGCACAACCCUGAGUUCAUUGGUUCUUCACCAACAUUACAUGGGGAAGAAUGUUGGACUUUAAUCUGU